AUGUCCGGUGGUCUGCAGUACAUGGGACAUACUAGCCGCGACUGGGUAAACAAGAAACAAAAGUUUGCCAGAGAAGAGUCCCAAGAUGAUGUCAAGAAACUUCUAGAUUUCUUCGAGAUGAUGCAGAAGAUAAACCCAGAGUUCUUCUAUGAUUAUGACGUUGAUGCAGAUAACCGUGUAAGAAACGUCUUUUGGGCCAACGCAAGUUGCAAAGGAUCGUAUGAAGAUUUUGGAGACUGUGUUACAUUUGACACGACGUAUAAAACUAAAAAAUUCCACAUGCCGCUGGGAGUCUUCGUGGGAGUGAACCAUCAUCUACAGAGCACCAUAUUUGCUGUUGCCCUCGUACAAGAUGAGACAAUACCAUCGUUCGAGUGGGUUUUCAAAACAUUUCUAAGAAGUACAAAGACCACCUCGCCUUGCUGUAUAAGGCGCGAGAAACUCAAGGAUGAUCUCAAUGCGGUGCUCAACCACCCAGUAAUGCCGUCAGAAUUUGAACGAGCAUGGAAGGACCUCAUUCAGAGAUACAACUUGCAAGACGACGAAGUGAUGAAUUCGCUGUGGGAAGACAGGCACGAGUGGAUCUCGGCUUACUACAAGGAAGUUUUCUGUGCUCGGAUGACUUCCACGCAGAGAAGCGAGAGCAUGAACCGCAUACUGAAGCAAAACUUUGUCAAAGGGAAGCAUGAUCUCCAUCUGUUUGCUCAGCAGGUGGACAAGUGCAUUCAGACCAGGAAGGCCGUCGAGCACGCAGAGACAGUAGCAAAUGAGUCAGAAGUAAAGACAACAACCCAGUUUGGGUUCGAAGUUCAACUAUCAAAAGAGUAUACAAGGGUAGUGUUUGCAGAUUUCAAAGAAACACUCUACCGUAGCACUGCAUUCAGAGCAGAACGGUGCCCUGAGAACCCGACAAAGUAUCUCAAACCCGCCUUCUGCGAACUCUCCAUCGGCAAGAAACACCCAGUGCUGCUCUUCCAACUGAGCGCCGCUGAAAGGUGCACCGUCUUCGACAACUUCCUCGCCGACCCUAGGUACACCUUUGCAGGCUUCUCCAUCGACAGCGACAAAAAAGGCUAG